AUGGGGAAAGCUGAGCGUGCCGCAAACCGCAGGGGGUACUUCUCGCGGCUGUUUAAGCUGCUUUCGGAGUAUCCGCGCCUGUUGAUCGUUUCUGCUGAUCACGUGGGAUCGAAGCAGAUGGCGGGGAUACGUGUUGCGCUGAGGGGGAAGGCGCAAGUGCUCAUGGGAAAGAACACGAUGAUUCGAACGGCGCUAAGGACCAAGCUCGGCGAGAUGCCUCAGCUGGCUGCCUUGCUGCCGCUGAUCAAGCUGAACAUCGGCUUCGUCUUCUGCGGCGUAGAACCAGCAGAGGUUAGAGACAUCAUCGGCGAGCACAAGGUGCCUGCUCCCGCCAGACAAGGCGUCUUCGCUCCCGUAGACGUCUUCAUCCCUGCAGGGCCUACUGGUAUGGAUCCUGGAAGCACUUCUUUCUUCCAAGCUCUUGGCAUCAGCACCAAAAUCGUAAAGGGCCAAAUCGAAAUUCAGAAUCAAGUGCAUCUGAUCAAGCAAGGCGACAAGGUGUCCGCCAGUGCCGCUACACUGCUUCACAAGCUCAACAUCAAGCCCUUCGAAUAUGGUCUCAAAGUGGAGCACAUCUAUGACAAUGGAUCCGUAUACUCUGCCUCCGUUCUCGACAUUACGGAUGAAACAAUUCUCACCGCUUUCCGUUCUGGUGUGUCGUCGCUGGCUGCGUUCUCACGCGAGCUGGCCUUGCCGACGGCCGCCUCGGCGCCACACUCCAUCAUCGAAGGGUUCAAAUACUGCGCUGCGCUCUGCCUGGAUACUGACUUCGUGUUCCCCGAGAUGCAGCAGAUCAAGCAAAUGAUCGACAACCCCGAAGCGUUCGCCGCUGCAGCCACCCCUGCCGCUGGCACUGCCACCGAAGGCGCCGCUGCCGCUCCCGCCGCCAAAGAAGAAGAGGAGGAAGAGGAAGAAGACGCAGACAUGGGAUUCUCCCUGUUUGACUAA